AUGGUCAAAAUUGCUGUAGCGCAGAUUCGCUCUGUCGAGUCAAUGCAAAAGAAUCUCUCUAUCAGUAAAGACCUGGUCCGACAAGCUUCGAAAGCGGGUGCGCAAGCUAUAUUCUUCCCCGAAGCGUCCGAUUACGUAUGCUCCAACACGAAAAGAUCUUUUGAGCUCUGCCAAUCUGUAGAGCAGUCAGUAUUUGUCCAAGGGUUACAAGAACAGGCGAAAGAAUACGUGCUGUCUAUCGCAGUGGGGAUUCAUGAGCCCCCCGCCGAUAUCAAGAGUAAACGCGUGAGAAAUACAUUGAUAUGGAUCAGUGAUACGGGUGAAGUUCUGUAUCGUUACCAAAAGGUGCACAUGCUCGAGAUGAAUCUUCCGGAUGGCCCCAAGAUACAAGAAAGCAAUUUCUGCGAGCCUGGCGAUUCCAUACUCCCCCCCUUUGAGACCCCAGUAGGGCAAGCGGGUGCAAUGAUUUGCUUCGAUUUACGCUUUCCCUUACUAGCACAGAAGCUU